AUAAAAUAACACAUAAUGUGAAAUAUACUUUUAGUAACAGGUUUAAUGAAGACGAAGUCGAAACAUCAGGAAUAGUUGUGCGUUUCGUGCCCAUUAAUAAAUUACAAUCUGACUGAAGAAAUGGUCCUCCAAAUGUGGACUAUGUUAACUCGCAAUGUGAUUGUUUUAUGCGUUAGUUACUCGUGUGUUACUUAUGCGGCCGACCAACCAAAUAUUGUGUUUAUAAUAGCUGACGAUCUUGGAUGGAACGACGUCGGCUUUCACGGCAGUAACCAGAUACCGACCCCAAAUUUAGACGCUCUGGCUUACAACGGCAUAAUUUUAAACAGUCAUUACGCACAGUCUAGCAGCACCCCCACCAGGUCGGCUUUGCUUACGGGAAAAUUUCCAAUGCGACUUGGUAUGCAGGGACCUGGAAUAGCGGCUGCCGAGAAAAGGGCAUUACCGGAGCAUAAAAUUUUGCCAGAAUAUUUUAAGGAUAUGGGUUAUGUUACGCAUCUUGUGGGCAAAUGGCAUUUGGGAUAUUCUAGGUGGAACGAAACGCCCACCUUUCGGGGCUUCGAUCAUCAUUUCGGAUACUACAAUUCGUUCAUGAGCUACUUUGAUUAUUUGUCAACAUGGACGUACAAUGAUAAAGAUUAUACGGGUUUCGAAUUGAGAAGUGACGGAGUACCAGCAUUUGAAGAAACUGGAAAAUAUGCUACCGAUUUGUUUACGGAUAUUGGGACGAAUAUUAUCAACGAACACGACAACUCGCGCCCUCUGUUGCUUCUGGUCUCUCAUUUGGCCGUUCAUGCUGCUAAUAAGGGAAAACCAUUGGAAGCUUCUCAGGAAACUGUUAAUAAAUUUCAGCACAUCGUUGACGCAAAUAGAAGAACGUACGCAGCCAUGGUUUCAAAAUUGGAUGAUAGUGUUGGAGCAAUUGUGGAUGCUCUAGAUCAGAAAGGGAUGACGUCAAAUUCUAUCAUCGUUUUUAUUAGCGACAAUGGAGCCCCAACGGUAGGCGAGUAUCAAAAUUGGGGUAGUAACUAUCCACUACGGGGCAUUAAGAACACUCUUUUUGAGGGUGGCAUACGGACUAUCGCCCUUAUAUGGAGUCCAUUAAUAGUGCAAAGUACCAGAGUGGCAACGGAUAUGAUGCACGUUGCGGAUUGGUUACCAACCCUAUUCACCGCAGCAGGUGGCGAUAUUGGUUUGCUCGAUCCCGAACUCGACGGUAUCGACUUGUGGUCCAGCUUGGUGUACGAUUUACCUUCGCCAAGAAAUGAUAUUCUAAUUAAUAUCGACGAGAAAACGAGGAACGCAGGGCUUCGAUUCUACAACUGGAAAUUGAUCGUCGGAACAAGUCUUAAUGGAACAUACAACCAUUACUACGGGCACAUCGUCAUGGAAGACAUCGAUUCGCAGCCCUACAAUACCUCUGCUAUCUAUGAUUGUCCGGUAGGAAAAGUGGUUAGAAAAAUUAAUUACAACCCGGUAACCGAAUCAGAAUACGAGAGACUGAGAAGAAUGGCGACUUUAAGAUGUUUAGUUCCUGGCGCCAAAAAGAAUCCAUGCGAUCCUGCGACCGGUUCCGUGUGUCUCUACGAUAUCCCCAGCGACCCUUGCGAAGAGAACGAUUUGGCCAAAUUUUUUCCAAGUGUCGUGCGAAGGAUGAAAAGAGCUCUGGUAGACUAUCGACAAAGUCUAGUGCCGCAGAUCGAAGGCGAAAUCGAUAUCGAUAUGGCGGAUCCUAAAUUGUUCAAAUACACCUGGAACCCUUGGGUCGACUGCUCAGAUCUAACUUGCGAACUUUCUUAAGGCUCGGUGAAGAUUUGUACAAAGUUGCACUUACCAAAUAUAAAUCAACGAUAGCGUUAAUGUAAAGUAGCUCUCAAUAUAUUGUUUCGAAAUUA